AUGGAGAGCUCGGCCACAUCCAUAUCUCCGGCGCCAUCAGUAUCUGAGCCAAGAGGCUUCAAGGGACUCGUUGCCAAAGCCAAACUCGGGCGCAAGGAUGCCCCAUCCACCACUUCUCUCAAUGGCUCCAGCGUUUCUGAUGAAGUCAGCGAACGAGGCGGGAUCAGGAACUCGGUGGAUUCGUUGAUGGACAAAGUACGCGAUAGCAGAGGAAGCAGUCUCGACGAUGGACUUCCUUCAGGACCAAGCAAUCUGUCGAAACUGAUACCAGGCCGCGUCAAGAAGAAGAGAAGGAAGCGCGAGGAGGCGGAGCAGCAGCAGCUACAGCAGGAGACGGCUGACACGCGUGGGCGCAGCGCCGAUGGACAGACUGCAACAUCCGCAGAGCCAUCAGCGCUCUCUGGCAACAACAGAAGUCGAAGUGCAGUGGGAGAAGAUGAGGAUGAAGAUGGCGGAAGUCUGAUCACCAUUGAAUCGGAAACUGAACCACCUACUGUCUCGCCUCCUCCGCUCGUAAGCCAUCAAUCGCAUAUUGGCUUCUUGACAUCCUCCUCGCCCUUGAUCAACACCACCACACCCGGCGACACACCCAGCAAUCUUCAACUCGACAGUCCCACUUUCCAGAACCCUCAAUAUCAAAAGUCUGCCACGCUACCGGUGACAGGUGGUACCACAUUCUCAACCACAAACCUGGCACCCAACUAUGCUCCUACGAUGGACACUAGGGAUGGUGGGAGAACUCUUAGCACUAGAGAUGGCAGUAAGAGCCGAGGGGUCUCGCCAGGUGCAAGAAUAAAAGAUGUAUUUACGGUUGGAUCCAGGAAAAAAGACUCAAGUCCGCCAAAGAGCCCAGAUCGCGCGUCAGUGAUAUCUUCUGGUAGCGGAAAUGCUCUCCAAGCUUUAUUCAGCAAAGACAAGAGGAACAGUAUCAACCUGGGAAGAUCUUCCAAGGCUUCGGACAGCAAAGAGUCGGUAGCCUCGAAUCUGCAAAGCCCUUCUGCCAGUGUACGAGAUCUCCCUACCAUUGUCACAACUCCCAAUACGCCUACAAGUGCCUCGCUCGACCCUCCGCAAACGCAUGUCACGCCCCCAACACCAAUCGACCAACGCCAAGAUGUACCGAGUAGUCCAUCACUAAAGACUAUGGCUGCAGGCGCCGCAAGGACGAAUCCGAAUAUGGCCGUAUCUUCUUCCAAUAACACGAUCGCUCACCGUCGCGUCAGGUCCGAUUCGGGCACCCUGGCGUCAAGCAAGCUGUCGAACGUGAUGUCUGCUCCGCUCACACCCAUGGCUGAAGAGAGAACUCCAGGUGCCCGAACCCCGUCUCAAGGCUCGCAGGCUGGAGGAUUCUUCUCGUCUGUCUUUUCAGCCGCCCAGAAUGCAGCCAAUCAAUUGAGCAGCACAAUUGCAAAUAAUCAGACAAGGUCAAGAAGCUCUACACAGACAAUUGAAGAGAACGACGAUGAGCAGACCGAUGGAGUGACGGCUAUGGUAGCAGAAGAUGCGCCCGUGAACGAGCAAAAGAAGCUAGCGGUGGAGACACUAGGUGCUGGUGAUCUAAGUUUGAGCCACUUAGGGAUAGGCUCCGAUGCACCUCUUGCGAACACUGGUUCCACCACUACACUUCCGAACGGCUUGUCUGAAAAUGGUCGAGAAGGUUCGACGGUCCAGCGGGAAGAAGCUGCUGCUCAAGUAGAGAACGUUUCUGCUGCCCGUGCUGUCUCUCAGGCUUAUAGCCUAAAGCCAACGGAAGAGAAUGCGUCAACACCCGUUGCUGAAGACGUGGCCCCUAUUGUCAGACCAAGAUCAACCUACGAAUCAAGUAUUAUGACGGGUGACAAGACCCCUCCGAAUGGGAGUGUGUAUGAAGGAAAUAAUGGUUUUCGGCGCAGUGGCAGCGUUCGUAGCCGAGUCGGUACCAUCGCUAAACGACACCGGAAUAGCUCUUCUGCCACGGGUGGUACCAUUGCUGCCGCCAUAGCAGCAGGCAGCGCAGCCUUAGCAAAUCCAGCGGCCUCAGGCGGUACUGCCAAACCUACCGGCUUUGCUGUAGCAAGCAAAAAACGUAAUCGCGAUUUCCACCAGCUGUUUCGUAGCGUCCCAGAAGACGACUAUCUCAUUGAGGAUUACAGCUGUGCUCUGCAGCGAGACAUUAUCUUGGCUGGGAGGAUAUAUGUCUCUGAAGGCCAUAUAUGUUUUUCCAGCAAUAUCCUUGGCUGGGUGACUACGCUGAUCAUCAGCUUCGACGAGAUUGUGUCUGUGGAAAAAGAGAACACCGCAAUGGUGUUCCCCAAUGCUAUCGCCAUCCAGACCCUACAUGCAAGACAGACCUUCCGAAGUCUACUCAGCCGAGAAGCGACCUACGAUCUGUUAAUUGGUAUCUGGAAGAUUAACCACCCGUCACUCAAGAGCUCACUCAACGGUGUAAGACUUGAAGGCGGGACGGGUGAUAAGACUGAAAAGGUCGAUCCUAGUGGUAGUGAUGAAGCCAGUGAAGUCAGCGACGAAGAGGAGGAAAUUUAUGAUGAAGACGAAGACGAUGAUGAAGGAACCGGCAGCUUCACUGAGGUGCCUGAGGGCAGUAUUGCUGGCAGUGAGCUUGCGGCUGAUCAACAAUCCAAAGCAGUCACUCGGAAAGCGUCGGCGAUGGGUGUGGCAGCUGGUGCUGCAGCCGGUGGCGGGCCUACUCCGAGCGAGUCAAAGGCAGGCGAAAAAGCCGCAGCCGCGAGUGCUGCAAGCGCCGACUUUCCAGGUCCAGCGACACACGCGCCAACCGAGUGCGGCGAUGGAGGUUCCCACUAUGAGAGGCCUCUCCAGGAUGACAUUAUCCCAGCCCCCCUAGGCAAAGUCUAUGCUAUGGUUUUUGGCGCCGCAUCUGGAGGCUUUAUGGCCAAAUGGCUUCUUGAUGAGAUCAAGGUAACGGACCUCACAAUGGAGGAUGAUAAGAAAGGUCUCUCGGAAGACAAUAGAACCCGCAACUAUUCCUACAUCAAGCCGCUCAACGCCUCGAUUGGCCCCAAAUCAACGAAGUGUGUCGUCACCGAGACUUUGGACUCUUUCGACCUGGAGAAAGCAGUUAUCGUAACACAGUCUACCCAAACCCCUGAUGUGCCCAGCGGCAACCUUUUUGCCACUAAAACCCAUUUCUGUCUAAUGUGGGCACCAGGUAACGCCACGAGGCUGGUCAUCAAUUUUACAAUUGAAUGGACUGGUAAGAGUUGGCUCAAAGGACCAAUCGAGAAAGGCGCGAAUGAUGGACAGACAACAUACUGCAACGACCUAGUCAAAGCCUUGAAAGCAGGCGUCACGUCUAGACCGAGAGCUGGUACCAACGGCUCGAAGCUCAAGUCAAAAGGUAAACGCAGAAAGGGAGAUGCCGACCUUGCGCGGACAUCUCCAGCGAGCGUCAAAGCUGUCGCCACUGGUACUCAACCGAAAGACAGCUCAUGGGGACUGUUCGAGCCUUUGCAUGGUAUUCUAGGUCCCGUUGUCGAUAUAUUCAGUCCAAUGAUCAGCUCGAAUAUGGUAAUCGGCUUUCUCCUAUUUAUCAUACUGUUCAAUUGGUUACGUGGUCCUCGAUCCUCCACAUCGGGCAACAGCUUAGCCUACAUUCCCACUGCACAGAGAAUUGCGGCGUACGAGGAAAUCUGGCGUAAAGAAGAGAGCGACUUGUGGGACUGGCUGGAGGAGCGCGUUGGUAUGCAAGGCGCAGCAUACCCAGGAAGCAGUGAUCAAGACGUAGUUGCUCAGGCAAGAAGACAAAGAGAGCAGAGCUUGAGAAACAAAGGCUUGCGCUCGAAGCUAGCGGAUGUGAAAAUGAGUGAGAGGGAGGUUGAUCAUGCGAUCAGGAUUACAGAGGAGAAGUUGGGGAUACUGAAGCAGGCGGUUCAGGAAAAGAAAGGCGUUCAGGACGAGAUGGGUUCGCCUUCGAAGGCGGCUGUUGAAACCAAUCGACCUGAAGCAGAGUUGGGAGGUCAAUGA